UGAUUUAGCAAUGAAGUGGUUGGUGUUGGUGUCGCUGAUCGUGGCCAAUGUGUUGAGGGUGCCUACGCCCGUGGUGAAAACUAGCGGCGGUUUGGUGCGCGGCCGCCUCAGCGACAACGGCCUCUUCUACACCUACCUCGGCAUCCCUUACGGUUACGUCGGCGAUGAGAACAGGUUCAAGGCGCCGUUGCCGCCGCUCAAAUGGAAAGGCAUCUUCGAGGCGAUCGAGGAACACGUGCGCUGCCCGCAGAAGAUGCUCGGCUCCGUAGUAGUGGGUGACGCGGACUGCCUGCGCCUCAACGUGUAUACACCCGCCGCACCGCUCUCCGCACCGCUCCCCGUCAUGGUCUACAUCCACGGCGGCUGCUUUUUCGAGGGCGCCGGCACCGCCUUCCUCUACGGCGGCGACUACUUCGUGGAGCACGGCGUCGUGUUCGUCGGCAUUAACUACAGGCUUAACGUGGAAGGUUUCCUCUGUCUUGGCAUAGAGGAGGCGCCGGGCAACGCCGGUCUCAAGGAUCAGGUGGCGGCGCUCCGUUGGGUCAGAGACAAUAUCCGGGCGUUCGGCGGAGACCCCAGCAACGUCGCGCUGUUCGGGGAGAGCGCCGGUGCCGUGUCCAGCUCCUACCUCAUCUCCUCGCCGGCCGCCCGAGGCCUCUUCCACAAAGUCAUACUUCAGAGCGGGUCGUCCCUGGCUGCGUGGGGAAUGCAACAGGAUCCGAUCAAAACCGCCAGCAACAUCGCUAAAGAAUUCGGUUAUUCGACCGUAGACCCCCGCGAGCUGUACGAUAUCCUCUCGAGGAGGACUCCCGAGGAGUUGAUCCUGGCCGUGCGAAACCCGCAGCAUAAAAAUUAUAUAACGGCAGAGACUCUUCUGGCGCCGUGCAUAGAGAAGCAGAUCCCCGGCGUGGAACCCAUAGUGACGGGGCACCCGGUCGACAUCAUCGCCUCGGGAAACUACACUAAAGUGCCCAUGAUAAUCGGGUACAAUGACAACGAGGGCAUCUACUUCGUAGCAAAAGAUUACGGCACCAGAGUGGAGGAGGUGAACCCCUUUGAGCUCCUCUCCCCCGAUUUGGAGUUCCCCGGCGACGAGUCACGCAACUCCACAGCCAAGAUGUUGCAAAACCAUUACUUCUCUUCUAAAAAGGAAGAUAUGAUAAUGAACGUAGUGGAGCUGUACUCGGAUUUGUACUUCAAGUUCCCCGCCGUGAUCGAAUCCGAAAUGUACCUGCGUACGUCACCGCGGCCCAUAUACCUGUACGUGUUCCAGUACAGCGGCUACAUCAACCUGCCGAAACAGGUAUCGCGCUUCGGCGGCCGGCACGGCGCCUCGCACGCCGACGAACUCUUCUACUUGUUCAAGCCGGCCUCCUUUCCCCUGCCGCAGCGCUACCUUGAGACUCACAUGAUCCGGCGCAUGGUCACGCUCUGGACCAACUUCGCCAAGUACGGUGACCCAACCCCGCGGAAGUCGCGGCUGCUGCCGGUGAGGUGGCGUGCGGGGCGUGCGGCGCAAGCGGCCAGCCCCAACGCGCUGGUGAUCGACCGCGCGCUUAGCACUGCACCUAUGUGGUGGGACGAACGCGCCGUGAGCCUCUGGAACCAGACGUACGCCAAGUACCGACGCAGGAGCUUCGGUCACUACGGCCUCGUGCGCGACGUGAGCGUCUUCUCCGGCCGGUAGCGCUGUCGGCGGCACCUCGUAUUGCACACAUGGCUUCCACUUAGCAAUGCCACACGAUCGCACACAACAGGGACAGACGCAUAUGUCAAUGUGUGUGCGUAGUAUUUAGAUGGCGAGAAAAAAUGUUAUAGUAUACGAAAUCUACUCAUGUUUUAAUUCAAUAUUUUUGGGAUUGGUUUUCUUAAUAAGCCACUUUCUCUCUCUGCGCAUCGUUUCCUCAUUCCUGAGUGUCGCGACCUCUCCUCUUGACGAUCGUUCAUAGGUGUACAUGUCACAAACAAAAAGCAAAUGAGAGUGGACCAUGGAUUGACUUUUCAUAUGUAAUAAAUUCCUUUUUAAAUACGGUCACAAGAGUAAGUUUUGCCUGACAUCUAAGUACGUAAUUCUUGCCAAAUAGUACCUACAUUGUUAGUUGGUUGAAUAAACGCAACUAUAGUUUUUAGUGAGUGACAAUUUUGUGAUUGUUGUAGGAGGUCGUGCCAUGUGUUAAAUAUAUUUUUGUUCCGUUUAAGAUACUGAAGCAAAGCCCAAAGCGCGUACGCGUUAGUACAACAUAGAUUAAUGUUCGCAAUGGUGAUAGUUUCUAGUCUUUCGUGCAAUAUGUUUAUUUAAAGGUU